AUGCGGCUCGAGGUGUUUGCCAGUCUCGUGCUCACCCUCCACGCCGCCGCCAUUGCCGAUACGGACAGAAAGGAGCGUGAGAUCAACCCGCCCGACUCGGAAAAUCGAGUGAAAACAAAAGCCCCGCCAAAAGAUGUCGAUCCGCCGAACCGGCCGACUGUCGACUAUCCGAUUAAUUUUACACAGUCGACAGAAGGCGCCAAAUACGUGUGUGAUGACACGAACGCGCGCGGGCGAGCAAAUAUCUACUGUUCCGGAAAGUUGCUCGAAGCCGUCAUGGCCAAGCAGUUGUACCCGGACAGUAAGACAUACGUCGACCGUCCGCUCAAGGAAAAUCGCACGGGCCCCGAGGUGUACAAGGAUUUUAUGGCGCAAUUCCCGGAAGAACUGGACCAAAUCGAUGCGGAAAAGCUUCGAAAAUUCGUCGAUGCGAAUUUCGAUGUGGAGGGACAGGAAUUGACGCAAUGCACAUUGUCGGACUGGUCGGAGCAGCCGAGGGGACUAUUGGAUAUUGGGGACACGAAGCUGAGGGACUUCGCCUUUCAGCUGAACAAAAUUUGGAACGAGCUGUGCAGGGAGGUCGAUGAAAAAGUAAAAGACGAUCCGGAACGCUACUCCCUACUCUACGUCCCACAUAAAUUUAUUGCUCCGGGAGGUCGAUUCCGCGAAUUCUACUACUGGGAUGCCUACUGGAUCAUUCGCGGCCUUUUGGCGUCUAACAUGUACGACACGUCCAAGGCGAUGAUCCUCAACUUCAAGCACAUUGUCGACACGAUCGGCUUCAUCCCAAACGGGGGCCGCGUCUACUACCUCCAAAGAUCCCAGCCACCCCUUUUCGCGGCCAUGGUCUACGAGUACUACGCGGCCACUUCAGAUAUUGAUCUCGUAAAAGAGGUGCUUCCCAGCUUGGAGCGCGAGCUCAAAUUCUGGCGUAAAAAUCGGAACGUGACGGUGGAGAUGGGAGAUGCCGAGUACAAAAUGUUGCAAUACAGAACCCCGGCAAAUGUUCCCAGGCCCGAAUCUUUCCGGGAAGACGUCACGAUAGCCGCCCAAUUUACGGAUCUAACGAAAAAGCGGCAAUUUUGGCAGGAUAUUGGGAGUGCCGCCGAGUCGGGCUGGGACUUUAGCAGCCGCUGGUUCGCCGACAGCCAGAAUUUGUCGACAAUUGAAACGACAAACGUCGUACCCGUCGACCUGAACGCCUUCUACUGCUUCAACCUCAACAUUAUGGCGUACUUGCAUGGGGAAUUGGGUAAUGCCGACAAGGAGCUGCAAUGGAUGCACGAGUACGUCGAGUUCCGCGAGCAGUUCAGAAACGUGUUCUACGUGGCGGAAGGAAAGGGAUGGUACGACUACAACUUGCGCACGAAGCAGCACAACCUCAAGUUCUACCCGUCCAUGGCCGUGCCGCUGUUUACAGGCUGCUACGAUCGCCUCGGCAUGCGAGAAGCGAACCAGCUAUACGACCAAAUGUCGGACAUGGGCGCGUUCGACUUUGUCGGCGGCAUCCCCACCUCACUCGUCAAGAGCUCGAUGCAACAAUGGGAUUUCCCGAACGGGUGGAGCCCGCUGAAUCACAUGGUCAUCGAGGGAUUGCGCAAAUCGGGCAAUUCGAGAAUGCAACGAAAAGCGUUCGACUUGGCCGAAAAGUGGGUGCUGUCGAACUAUCGGGUGUUCGUGGCUGACCGGGCCAUGUGGGAAAAGUACAACGUCGCAUCGGGAGCGCCGCGCGGAGGUGGAGGUGGCGAGUAUGAGGUUCAGGCCGGAUUCGGCUGGACGAACGGCGUCAUCCUCGACCUGCUCAGCACCUACGGAGAUCGACUCAAAUUUGAAGAUGUCCUGAACGAUGCCCUCCCCGCCGAUGAGCCAAUUCCCGUCCCGCACGGUCGCUCCAUUGAUGUGACCAAGCCCAGCCCCCAGUUGUUGCUCACCCUGCCCCUAGUCUUCGCCUUGCUUAGGGCCCUCAUUUGG